GCUGGCGGCGCGGCGGCGAGCGGCGAGCAGCAGCAGCCACCGCGCGCUCCGGCACCCGAGGCGGGCAGGCGGGCACCCGGCCGAGCCGGAGAGCGAGUGCGGGGCCGCAGCGGCCGGAACCGAGCACCUCAGCCCAGCAGACCCGCAGCCUUGCCCGCGCCGCCCCGCGCCAUGGAGCCCCAGCUCCUGUGCUGCGAGGUGGAGGCCGUGCGCCGCGCCUACCCCGACACCAACCUCCUGAACGACCGGGUGCUGCGCGCCAUGCUCAAGGCGGAGGAGACCUGCGCGCCCUCGGUGUCCUACUUCAAGUGCGUGCAGAAGGAGAUCCUCCCGUCCAUGCGCAAGAUCGUGGCCACCUGGAUGCUAGAGGUCUGCGAGGAGCAGAAGUGCGAGGAGGAGGUCUUCCCGCUGGCCAUGAACUACCUGGACCGUUUCCUGUCGCUGGAGCCGCUCCGGAAGAGCCGCCUGCAGCUGCUGGGUGCCGCCUGCAUGUUUGUGGCCUCCAAGAUGAAGGAGACCAUCCCGCUGACGGCCGAGAAGCUGUGCAUCUACACCGACAACUCCAUCCGGCCCGACGAGCUGCUGCAAAUGGAGCUGCUGCUGGUGAACAAGCUCAAGUGGAACCUGGCCGCGAUGACCCCGCACGAUUUCAUCGAGCACUUCCUGUCCAAAAUGCCCGAGGCGGAGGAGAACAAACAGCUGAUCCGCAAACACGCGCAGACCUUCGUCGCCCUGUGUGCCACAGAUGUCAAGUUCAUCUCCAGCCCGCCUUCCAUGGUGGCGGCUGGCAGCGUGGUGGCUGCCGUGCAGGGCCUGCACCUGGGGACCCCCAACAGCUUCCUGUCCUGCUACCGCCUGACCCGCUUCCUGUCUCGAUUGAUCAAGUGUGACCCGGACUGCCUCCGGGCCUGCCAGGAGCAGAUCGAAGCCCUGCUGGAGGCCAGCCUGCGCCACGCACAGCAGAACCUGGACCCCAAGGUGGCCGAGGAGGAAGAGGAGGUGGUAGGGGAGACCGACCUGGCCUGCACGCCCACGGAUGUGCGUGACGUGGACGUCUGAGGGCGCCGCGGUCCCUCCCGGGGGACGCUGCGUGGCCGCGGCCUCCUCCUGGCAGGCGCGUCCCAUCCCUGGUUCUUUUCUUCCUUCCGUCUCUGACUUAAGCGAAAGAAAAAGCGGACUUGAAAACUGUCUUAUAAAGAGAGAUAGCAAAAUGCUGACGCAAUAGAGGCUCGCCUACCCCGUAAUCAGCUAGUUUUCAUAUUAAGUGCUUGUGUCUGUCGUACAAAUAGGCCUUAACAUGAUGCCAGAGGCUCCAGCCGGACUAGAUAGGGGAAAAAAAAGCGUAAAAAUAUUACACAAUAUAUAUAUAUACAGGAAACAAAA